UUUCACUUUCAGAAAAGAGUCAGCAAGAUCACGGCUUCUCGCAAGCUCAUGCUUAAGAGCUUGAUGCUCGCCAAGGCCCAGGAGGACCUUGAGCGAGAGAAGCGAGACCGAGAGGACGACAAGAACAAUGUGCUGACGGAGCGCGUGCCACCUCUACAGCUGUCGGGGUUCACUCUGCAGCAGCUGCAGGAACUCUGCCGGGAGCUCCACCAGAAGGUGGACGUGGUGGACGAGGAGCGAUACGACAUCGAGUACAAAGUGAAGAAAUCCCAGGCGGAGAUCACCGACCUGAACCAGAAGAUCUUCGACCUCAAGGGAAAGUUCAAGCGCCCCAACCUGAAGCGCGUCCGCAUGUCGGCCGACGCCAUGCUGCGAGCCCUCCUGGGCUCCAAGCACAAAGUGUCCAUGGACCUCAGGGCCAACCUCAAGUCCGUCAAGAAGGAGGAUACAGACAAGGAGCGGCAAGAAGUUGGGGACUGGCGCAAAAACAUCGAGGCUCUGUCCGGCAUGGAGGGACGCAAGAAGAUCUUCGACUCCCAGGGCGGACAGUAAAGCAACAGAGGCAUGGAGCUCAAGUGAAGUCAAACACGAAGUCAUCCGACCCGCAACACCGACCUUCCGUCGUCACGGGGCUUACAAUUCAAUUAUUUUUGUUUGCGUGGCUCUUUACUCAAACGCAUAUAAACCCACUCGGAUGAUCGAUAAGAUGCGAUCGAUAAUUCUAAGUCCGUUAAAAAAGAAAAGAACACAUCCCUAUGAAGACCAGGGCAAAUCUGUACACCAUAUGUGUGUGUGUGGUGUCCGUGACCUUAAUACAUCACAACAUAAUCGUUUGACCAUUACACCACCAAUAAUGUACACGUCCCUCUUUUGUUUAAAUGUAUUUAAGUCACAGUCAAUGAGAAUAAGGGUAUGUUUCCUAUAAGAGAUGUAACUUUUUCACACAUAAUUAUAAGUCCAGUGUGUGUGUGUGUGCAAAAUAUUCGUUUUCAUAGACAAUUUUGAUCUGUACUUGCACAGUGCAGAAUCAAGCAUCAAUAUAACCAACAGCAUGCAAAGUCGAUUCCACAUCAUACACUCCUCAAGUACCAAUUUGCGGGGAAGUCAACAGAGAGUUUCCCGACAGAUUAAAUUCUGAGCCCCCCCCCACUCCUCCUCCUCCCACAACUGGCGCAAGUUUGUAAACAGGAGAUGAACAUAGCGAGUUAAUUCUUGGUAAGAUCAUCGUGGAGGCAUCAUGGCAAUGUUCAGCUGCACCAUCUGCCACCCGACCAGGCCAAUCAACAACGAGUUGUCACGUGGGGGUAAGUAUGUGAAUUUAUUUGUUUUAUUUCAGCAAUGUAUCUACGCACUUACGUUGAACUUCUUUCGCAUUGCUCGUAGCCAACGGCGAGAAUCGGAGCAAACCGGAGGAUUGUUGAAAAGCAAAUAAAAUAUUGACAAUUGUCAAAAUAUGCCAUUCCCAAUCGGCAUGCCAUUCCCAAUCGGCAUACCAAUCUCAAUCGGCACCCCAAUCUCAAUCGACCAGCCAACCUCAGUCGGCAUACCAGUAUCAAAUCGGAAUACAAAUCUCAAUGUGCGAUUUGCCCACGUGCGAUUUGCCCACGUGGCGACUUGAUUUGUUUAGCGGAGGGUAUAGCUGAACAUUGGCAUUAUACGCGACACGACGAUUCAAACCGAAAAUGUACGAACUACGAAUAAUAAUAAUAUUGGUCGUUCACGGCCCACGCGCACAAUUCGGAGACGAGCAAAGGGCCCGAUUGCGCGUUUGACGAAGACGUCGCUUUGUUUGAAAAGUGGUGUGGGACGACCAAGGGGGAGAGGUGAAACGGAGGGCAGCACGUGGGACUGGCCAUAACCAAGCUGCCCCGACAGGAGCCGCGAACGAAUAGUGCAUGUCUAGUGGGGGGAGGGGGGGAUAGAUACCUUAAUUCAUCCAGCAGUGGAGUGAGACUGGCAAUGCAUUUGUGUAUGCUUGUGUUGUCCCGUGUGUUUGCAGACUGUAGGGUUUGGUGUUAAUAAAGGCUGAUGGCUGCUCCGUC